AUGGCUGCAAAGCUUUUACAUUCUUUAGCAGAUGAUAAUCCAGAUUUGCAAAAGCAAAUCGGGUGCAUGACUGGGAUUUUUCAAAUAUUUGAUCGUCACCAGGUCCUCACCGGUAGGCGUCUCAACCAGAAGAGGCUUCCUCCAGGUAAUUCCCACAUCAAAAAUGGCAGCUCAGAAAGGGAAUUGUUUAAUGCAUACAAUCCGAACAGAGCAGUUGACAUUAAUUUAAACAAGAGUUUGAAUGAGAAGCAAAGAAUUUCUACAGAAUCAUCAAGACCAUCUUUCUCAUCCUCUUGCUCAUCUUCUUUGUCUUCUCUGGACUGCAAUAGAACAGCUCAACCAGAAGCAUCUUCCUUUGACAGAAUUAUUUUUCCUGAAACUCCCUCAAGGGACCCGGUUAUAACUCAGCCAAGUACCUCUGCACAUUUAGGGCGGCAAUCUCUUGAUCUACGAGAUGUUGUCAAGGAUUCUAUGUAUAGAGAGGCUAGAGGGCUAUCGGUCCAAACUACAGCAAAAGAAGAAGCAAUGAGCCAUAUGGUGAAGCAUAAAGAUUCACCGAGGCCACUACAGGCCUCCAAAUCUGCAGAUGGACGUUAUGGAGUUGGGCACAAAGGAAAGCAAAAUGCUCCUCCUGUUGAUUUCAAGGAGUCUCUUAGAGUUCUUGCUAAACUUCGUGAAGCACCUUGGUAUUACAAUGAAACUAAAGAGCCUCCAAGAUCGUCAUAUGAAGCAAAAGAUGGGUCUUGGCAUACGAUUCCAAAAGAUGCUCCUCGGUUUUCUUAUGAUGGGCGGGAGAUCAAUCGUUUGUCUUUUGAAUCUCGAGAUACCAUCAAGGCCACCCCAAAGCUAAAAGAGCUUCCAAGACUUUCACUGGAUAGUAGAGUAAUUUCAAUGCGUGGAUCCAACACUGAUUCAAGAUCAAAUUACCUUUCAAAAGAUCUAAAAAGUAGCAGCAACUCAAAUGAAAAGAUUUUUAGUCUACAGCAAUCAUUUGAAACGCAGAAACGGCCUCCUAGUGUGGUAGCCAAGCUGAUGGGCUUGGAUGAAUUGCCAGAUUCUGCAUCUUCCAGUUAUAGUCAGCUGGGUUUGAUCAGGAACUCAGUGGAACAUGAAGAUUCCUUCUCAAGAUCAUUAAAAACAAAUGAUCUAAACAGACCAACCCGGAUUCCGAAUUCUCCUAAAAACCUAGGGAAAGAUCCAACAUCACCACGGUGGAAAAAUCCUGAUUUGGUCAUGAAACCCAUUUCGAGGCUGCCAAUUGAACCAGCACCAUGGAAGCAGCUGGAUAGGAGUCAAAGAUCUCAGAAACAACCUUUCAAGCCUGCAAAAGUUGCUGGGAAUACACCAAAUUCAUUCCCUUCAGUUUACAGUGAGAUUGAGAAGAGUUUUAAGGAUAUUGAGUUCAAACAAUGUGGAAAGGAUCUCAGAGCUCUUAAACAGAUUCUGGAAGCAAUGGAGGCUAAGGGGCUCUUGGAGACUAGAAAAGAAGAACAAGCUUUGAAUUUUGUACCCCAAAGAGAUCAUGAACCAAAAUGUAGCAGUCCAAGUCAAAAGCCAAGGUUGCUAAGCCAACGAAACCAACAGGACAAUCAUGCUGGUGUUCCCACAACUAGGAGUUCUGAUUCUUUGAGGACUUAUGAAUCCCCAAUUGUGAUCAUGAAACCAGCCAAACUAGUUGAGAAAUCUGGUAUUCCUGCUUCCUCGGUAAUUCCUAUAGAUGGCCAUUCUGGCCUUCAUAAAAUUCCUGCUGGUGGAUAUGCAGAUGGUAAAAAGGGAUCCAAUAAUAGCCGAAUAGCUAAAGAUCAAUCUCCAAGAAACAUCCAGAGAGAUCCUUCUGCCAGCUCCAGCAUUAAGGGAACUGUUGUCAAGAAUACAAAAUCAACUCAAUCCUCAACACGAUCCCAACAAGUGCCAAAAGAAAGCAACACUAGUUCAGUAAGAAGUUCGGGAUCUGUGAGCCCAAGAUUUCAACAGAAGAAACUUGAACUGGAGAAGCGAUCUCGUCCACCUACCCCUCCAUCUGAUACAAGCAAACCAAGAAGGCAACCCAACAGGCAGCCAGCAGAAAUAGGUUCCCCUGGUGGAAAACACAGGUCAAAAUAUUCCAAAAUGCCACAGAGUGAUGACCAAUUAAGUCAGAUAAGUAACGAAUCAAGAACUUCGAGUCACCAAGGAGAUGACACAUCUUUGCAUUCAGAUGCUACUUUUUAUGACUUGAAGACGGAUAUGGAAGUCACCAGUACUGAACGAUCUACCGAGAACUAUGGUGGCCAGAGUCCAACACUGAAUGCUGCCAGUAGCUUAGUUUCUGGCUCAUUACACAAAAAAUUGACCCCAAGGUUUGAAGAAGAUGGGACAUCAGCAGAAUUUGCUGUUGUUGCCCCAGAGCAUCCUAGUCCUGUCUCUGUACUUGAUGCAUCAGUAUAUAGAGAUGACACAUUGUCUCCUGUAAAGCAGAUACCAAAUAUGCUCAAAGGAGAUGGCGCUAAAGAUUCCCAUGAUCAACAGAGUGAAGAUCAGUGGAACCCUGUAGAUAGCUUCUUGUCCAGCAGUGUGGCCUCUGGUCUGUCCUCAGAGAUCAAUCGCAAGAAAUUACAAAACAUUGAGAAUUUGGUACAAAAGCUUAGACGAUUAAACUCUACUCACAAUGAAGCCAGCACAGAUUACAUAGCGUCUCUUUGUGAGAACACAAAUCCAGAUCACAGAUACAUUUCUGAGAUUUUGUUAGCUUCAGGACUUCUACUCAGAGACCUUGGCUCUGGUCUGACAACAUUUCAACUCCACCCAUCUGGUCACCCCAUUAACCCCGAGUUAUUCUUUGUAUUGGAGCAAACCAAGGCCAACAAUUUGGUUUCAAAAGAAGAAUGCAGCCCUGGAAAGUCCUUCCAUUCAAAGCCAAACCUGGAGAAAUUUCACCGGAAGCUCAUAUUUGAUGCUGUUAAUGAAAUUCUUGUCAAAAAGUUGGCUUUAGUGGAGCCCUCUCCUGAUCCAUGGUUGAAGUCUGAUAAGCUGGCAAAGAAGACCCUCAGUGCUCAAAAGCUUCUGAAAGAAUUAUGUUCAGAGAUGGAGCAACUUCAAGUCAGGAAAUCAGAAUGCAGCUUAGAGGAUGAGGAAGAUGGUUUGAAAAGCAUUUUGUGGGAUGAUGUGAUGCGUCGCUCAGAGAGUUGGAUAGAUUUUGAGAGUGAGAUUUCUGGCAUAGUGUUAGAUGUUGAGCGUUUGGUCUUCAAGGAUUUAGUUGAUGAGAUUGUGAUUGGUGAGGCAGCUGGUUUACGCAUCAAACCAGGCAGGCGUCGGCAGCUGUUUGGGAAGUAG